CAUCCCCAAAAUAAAAAGAAAAAAGAAAAAAUGGUCAUAGGUUUCACAAAUUCAAAUUGGAGGAAGUAGUCGGAAUGUUAAUCUAAUCGACGGUUGGGUCCCCAGCACACGACAGCACACUCCACCUCCCGUUGCGACAAGAUAGAAUCGGGCCGGCACCAAACGACGCCGUUCUGCUUUUCCCAAAUUAAACAACGCACCCCUGCUUUUCAAAUUACGGUGUCGUUCCGCAAUUUCCCCUAAAGCCAGGGACCUCCAGCCCCGAAUAUAGAAGACGAUCAGAGAGAAGAAGACGAAGACGAAGACGAAGACGAAGAAGAGAAAGAGGGGGGGUGAGAGAAGGUGAUGACGAUGGACAGAGAGAAGGAGAGAGAGUUAGAACUGGAAAGCGCAAUGUACACCAAUUGCUUGCUGUUGGGUCUGGAUCCGGCGAUUAUCGGAGUCGGAGCAUCCAACGCCACUCCUCGGGUCGGACAUUUUCGUCACUCCAACCCUAAAUUAGGGGAACAGCUUCUCUACUUCAUCCUCUCCUCUCUCAGAGGACCAAUUCAAUCUGCAAAAGAUUUCGACAAGGUCUGGCCGAUUUUCGAUUCCGCGCAGUCGCGUGAUUUUCGCAAGGUUGUGCAAGGGAUUAUCAGCGAGCUUGAGUCGCAGGGUGCGCUUCCGAGGAGUAAUUCCAGGGUUUCUUCACUUGCUACGUGCUGUGGACCUAGGUUUGUUGAGCUUCUAUGGCAACUUUCAUUGCAUGCUUUGCAAGAGGUUCAUCGAAGGACAUUUACUACUGACAUAUCUUCGAACCCGUUGCCUGCACCAUUGACUGAUGUAGCAUUCUCACAUGCAGCUACUCUACUUCCGGUUACAAAGGCAAGAAUAGCUCUUGAAAGAAGGAAGUUUCUUAAAGAUGCACAAAUGGCUGUACAACGGCAGGCUAUGUGGUCGAAUUUGGCUCAUGAAAUGACUGCUGAAUUUCGUGGCUUAUGUGCUGAAGAGAAGGCUUAUUUGCAACAAGAAUUGGAAAAGCUGCAUGACUUGAGGAAUAAAGUGAAGUUGGAAGGAGAGCUCUGGGAUGAUCUGGUAUCCAGUUCAAGUCAGAAUUCUCAUUUAGUUUCAAAGGCUACUAGGCUAUGGGACUCUUUAUUAGCUCGAAAAAGUCAACAUGAAGUUCUUGCAUCUGGUCCUAUUGAGGACUUGAUAGCUCAUCGAGAACAUAGGUAUCGAAUCUCUGGAUCAUCUUUGCUUGCAGCAAUGGACCAGAGUUCUCAAGCUCCUUAUUCAGAUGUAUUAUCUGGUCAACCUAGUGAUUUACCUGCAGUGCAAAUGGAUAACAAAGAAGAGAAUGAUGGAUCACAUUUUAGCAAUGAGAUAUUGACAAGAGUGGAUGACAGAACUGGAAGAGUCCACCAAACUGUUGAUGUAGCGGAGGUUAUACGACGAUGGACCCAUGCCUUGCAACGUAUCCACAAACAAUCACUUCAUCUGGCAAAAGCAAAUGAUGGAGAGGGUCCAGAUAUUUUGCGCAGUGCACAGGAAGGGGGUUCAAGUGGCCAUGCUGAGUCUUUAGCAGCAACUCUUGCAGAGCAUCAGCAACAUUUGGCUAGCUUCCAGGUGCUUAUUAACCAACUCAAGGACGUUGCUCCAACCAUACAAAAGUCCAUAUCAGAGUGUACAGAAAAGGUUAACUGUAUAGCCUCCAAUCUACCUCCAAUGAACAGACAUAAUGGCCAGUCAACGUCACCUAUCCAGACACAGAGUAGUGGGAGGAUGGACAAUAGCACUGAUGAUGUUAGUGAGCUUUCUUCAAGAAUAUCUAAUAUUCAGCUUGACAAGGUUUCUGUUAGUCCUCCCACUUUAAAGCUUCCUCAAUUAUUCAGCUUGACCCCAUCUUCUGGAAAAUCUGGAAAUGUCCAAAGGCGGAACAGUAAUGCUGCUCAAACCAGCCAAACAGAGAACGUUUCUGAUAGGAAAUCGUUGGAUCCUCCUUCAAAUAAUGAAGUAACAAGUUCAGCAGAAGAUAGUGACAGUUCCUUUGUCCAGAAUUUGAAGAGGUCAGUAAGAGAAGCAGCGCUGGCAUUGCGGUCAUGUAAUUCAGAGUCAUCACGGGAUAGUCAAUCUGAUGGAAGUUCUGAGCACUUCUUUGUCCCUCUUUCAGAAACCGGCUUUUCUCAUUUAGAUGCAGAAAAAAGACCUGUUUCAUUGAGGAGCAAAAGAUUAUUUGUAUCCCAAAUAGAUGAAUCCUUGCUUGAGAGUCAUGCAUCUGUUGGGCAUGGGGAGAGCAAGUUUGAAGAAUUUCCAGAUAUGUUGAAUGAUUUGGAAAGGCUUUCUGAUUAUGACAAUGUAAAUGGGUUUCUCUCAUAUACUGGUUCAAAUGCUACAUCUGAUGCUCAGCGGUCAAUUUUUGACUUUGAGGAUGCACAGGAUCAAGUCUUCUCACCGCCUCUUCUAAUGGACUCAUCACUUUUGACAGAUCAAUUUGAAGACUUGCUGGCCCCCCUCUCAGAGACUGAAACGGCCUUGAUAGACCAUUGAAAAUUUUCUGGGCAACCUACAAAACUUGAUUGAAGAAACGGCAUUAUUGAUGUGGUGGAUUGCUAUUCUUUUGUUGGGAUAUUUACUCCAUUCACCUUAUAUAACACGAUACUUGUAUGAUUUUAUUCUUGUUUGGCAUAUUUUCACCAUCUAUUUACUCUGUUGAUGCCCUACUACCGGGAGGCACCCUGAGUGACCCGUGUUCUUCAUUGGUGAAUGAUGAUUUACUUAGGGAUGUAGAUGCUAGAAUCCAAAAUGCAAGCUGGGUGGAUGAACUUCAACCUUAUAUUCACAUUUUCAUCCAUUGUGUUUUUGGUCAACCAUUUUCAUCUGCUUAAGUAGACUGACAUCCCAAUGGGCCUGUUUAAAAAAAAAACGUUGUGGAUAUAACAAAGCAGUUCUGGGCUAUCUGCUGCAAUGCUGCAUCCCCCUGGCACUUGGAUUGCAAUUAGUUUAUGUAUUUUUAUAGUUGCGUGUUUCAUGAUCUAGGUCUUGUAUCUUGCCAAUAUAUCAGGAAUGAAACUCACGUAUUUUUAUUUUACUGUUCAGUGACAUUGUUGUGUUUUUCUUUUCUUAAAUAUGGUCAUGACUGAUUAGUGGAAUAUAAAUUCUUUGAUUUAAUGCUAUGA